UUUGAGAGCGUGCAUAUUGAGGUCGUGUAGCUGUGCUACCGGUCUGUUGACUGUCGUUGCUAUCGUUUUCGUUGCCGUUCGAACCCCCUCACUGACUGCUUGGCCCUCUAAACUGCGGAAACUCGGCGUGCACAGCUUCUUCAGCUGCAUUCAUGGCUUCCAUAUCGAACUACGCCAAAAGGAUGGCGCUGUUGGGCGCGCGCAUAUUUGGAGAGGUGCCUCGUCCUACGAACAAAAAGUCCAUGCGGGUUGUGCAACUGUUCAGUGAUGUCCCCCAUGACUUGAACCCCGAGAUUGUGGACUGGUAUCCACCUCACCACCAGUUGACCACUCUCAUGUUUCGCCUUCGAAUGCACGGUCUGUACAGAGACGAGCAUCAGGACUUCAAGGAAGAAAUGCGGCGUCUUCGCAGGUUGCGAGGCAAAGGAAGACCGAAGAAGGGCGAAGGAAAACGAGCGAUGUUGGCAAAGAAGUGAUGCGUGCGUUGGACUGCAAAACUAGAAGCAGUUAUGUGAAAUAUAAUUUUGUUUCCCUCCUU